AUGGCUGAUCAAGACAUGCGCCUGCGGCUUGUUGUGCGUCGCAACGGACUUCCAGAGCUCCGCCUCAUGUGGCAUGUGCAGUCCGACAGCAAUCCCACCAUAUCAAAGCUGCUCGAGCAGCUCAACGAACAGGUGCCGCUGGAGAGCGAUCACUGGGGCCUCGAAGACUACGUCGUCGAACUACACGACGGCGACGGUACCGAUUUUGAAUGCUUGCACUACCAACUAGUUCGAAGUGUGCUGAAGCCCGAUGACCGAGUCUUUAUUCGGGCCCUGGAUCGAGACGACCACCACCGGCGACGCAUCAGCGGCCGCCACCAGAUUUCCUCCGAUGGAAGACAUUUAAUCGAUGGCAUCCCUUUCGGCCGGCCCCGUCUCAGGACCGGUACCACUCGUCCGAAUAUCUACAUCCCCCCGCUCAAGCGAGCUAGACUUGCCUAUACUCAGCAUGACGCCAAUCACCACGCGGGAGAUCUCGUCGCGGAAAAUGAGGCUCCUCUCCUUCUGACGAAUGGUGAAUUAUACGGAGAUAUGGACGAUACAGAUUCCGAUGCUGACGAUCCUGACUUUAUGAAUGACGAUGCCCAGUCGAACACCUCGACUGAUGGGUCAAGUAUCGCGGGUGGAGAACGUGAAGAAGACUUCGAAGGUGAUCAAGAAGCAGAAGAAGAAGGCAUAGAUGAAGAUGAAUAUGGCGAUAUGGAGGAAGAACAAGACCAGGAUAUCGACCAAGAACUUCAGGAGCUUGCUAUCGACAAUGCUAUGCUAGAAGAGGGUCAGCCGUCCCAGGUGCUAGGCCUCGACACUCUCGAUAAACUGACUGCACUUCGUACGGUAUUUCCGACAGCCCCGAUAGAUAUAUGCGAGAAUGUUCUGGCAGCUUGUUACGGUGACCUCAAAACAACAUACAAUGUUCUAUCCGAACCAUUUACUCCGCAGAUGACACAAGAAGCUGCUCUUGCCUGGAGGCCAGGGAAUCGCAAUCCAUGCACCGACCUAGGGCAGGCGUCAAACGGGACUACUUUGACCGCUACUCAGCCAAGUGGUGCUGCACCCGCAACGAAGAAACGGAAGUUCCAGGGCCAAUCGCCAUCUGAUGAUUCCGAGAACGACGAAUAUGAUAACCCAAACAAUACCCUUUGGCGGAAGUAUGAUCAUGCUGGUUUCCCUCCAGGCACCAUCACCUCAGGAAAGGGAUUGGCACACAUGGCAGCCAUCUCCGCUUCCUUUGACAAAAGCAAAACUCCUUUAAUUACUGAAACCAGUGAGGCUACAUCUACGACACUGAAAGCCUCGACAGUCGAACCAACUGGCAAGGAAGAGCGGGAUGAUACUUCGAGCAGUGAGGACAGCUCAGAUUCAGAUUCAAGCACGAGUAGUGACGAAUCUGAGGAUGAAGAAGUCUCGCGUGACGAAAAUUCUUCGAGUGAAUCCGAUGCAGCCGAUUCUGAUGAUAUGGGGUUGGAUGAUAGCUCUGACUCUAGUGACGAUUCUUCUAGUGAUGCCUCUUCCAGUGAAAGUGAUGAAAGCGAUAGUGAUAGUGCUCCUGAAGAGCACUCUUCCAAGGUGAUUGAUCGCAUCAACCUAACGACAAGAGACGAGGGAUCCAUUAAUUCUAGUGAAUCCUCUGAUGAUGCUUCAAGUGAUUCAUCAGACGACUCGUCAGCUGAUUCUUUGGACGAAUCUUCCGAUAACGAGAGCUCAGGUAGUGAUUCAAGCUCGGAGUCAGAAGAUGAGGCCAGUGAUGAACAGUCCAAAUUUGAGGCACUGGGAACAAAAAUUAUUGAAGCAACGUGUACGGCGCCACAGCUUCCCGAUUCCUCUUCCAAUCGAACGAAAACAGACCAGGCAACUAUUCCUGUCCCUCCUGGGGCUGGGAAAGAGAGUACCAAACGUCGCAACGCUCGACGAAGAGCGGCUAAAUUGGCUAAGAGGAAAAUGCAGGAGAGUUCGAACGAUGAUGCUAGAGCUGCCGCCCCAGGGCACAUUUCAUCCAGACAAGUUGAGGCUGGUAUCAAUAACCAAGCCGCACUUUUUGAGGCCAAGCGCAAGGCGCUACUAGAUGCGCUUGCAAAUGGCGGCAUCGAGAUUGGGUCUUCGGGAGAGACGAUACUUGAUCAUUGUUCGGUAGCGGCGGAUCGUGCAAACCGAAAACAUGCCAAAGAUGUAGAAACCAGUUCGCAGCAUGAUCAAAACGGGGACCACGUCGAGCCAACCGAAAAGUCUCCGGUUGAUGAUCAGGCAGAGUCAACUCAAAAGAAACGUCGCAUUGACCUUGGGGCUGGCCGCCGUCUAGUCUUUGGCGCACUCGGUCUUCGCAAUCCAAAGAACAAAGAUGAUGAAGACAAAUUGCGUGAUCGACUACGAGCCGAUGCUCAGCAGCAUGCAAAUCGAUACCUCAGCUCUCAAUCUCAGCCAGCCGCGGAUGAAGUUGAAAAUAUGGAUGAGGAGCAAGAUCCUGACGCUUGGAAGCUCAAGAUCAAUUAUCGAGCUGUCGAGUGCUGCCAGGACAAUACCGAACUCAGUCCAGCCCCAUUUCCAUUCCGGCAGAGAUGGGAUCCGCAGCAACAGUAUACUUUGGCUUCAAAAAGAGGCAAACGUGGAGGCAAAAGUAAACAAGCACAGCGAAACCAAGAUCACUUUUAUGAAGACAACCAACUUGGCAAGAAGCGGAAACGACACAAUUCGUCCGAGCUUUUAGGAACUGAAAACGAUCAGUCAUAUAGUGGAGAAAACAACACCACAGACGGGUUUGAUGUUACACUCAACUACGAUGAUGCCGAGAGCCCAGCUCACAGUCACGAAAAUAAUGUGGUGAACGGGACUAGCCAAGCCACUGAUCUAGACGAUUUGCCCUCUGUACCUCAAGAUGUCUCAGUACUUCCCAGUUUGCGACCUGGAGAGGCGCAGGUGGGCAUGGUGAUCGCCUGGUUAAAAUGGACAUGCUCCUCAGCCACCGGUUGGCAGCCUCAACUAUCUAGGGUUGCCGCCAUCGUGGCCAAGGUUGAUGACGAUGCAGCGACACUAAAGGUCUGUUUGGCUAAAAGAGACCGCCAUCUGAAUGCAAAUGAGAAGCGCUACGAUCACACAACGGGCCAGCGAAUAUAUGAUCGAUUUGAGGCACCAGACUUGGAUGAAGAAGGCGAGGAAAAUGACGACUACGAAGAUGGUGUGGAUGAAGGAUACUGUGAUAUUUCCUGGGCUGAUAUGAAGGAUCCAAGGAUAUUGCAGCAGCCGUUGACUCGGACGGUCGAGUUUGAUCCCAAUGCUGGACAUGACGAAGAAACAGCUAGUGCUAAAGAUCAGCCUACACCCUCGCAGGCGUCGCUCGUCACCGACCAUCAGGACACAGAUCCCAUCGUAAACCCGGAGAACCCAACUGACUUGAAUCCGAUGCAAAUCAUCAGCGAAGUAGGCUCCCACGUUAUUGACAUCCGCAACUCAGCUAGUUCGCCAUCAGAAGAAAGGCAGAACGAGGAGAGCGUAGAACGCUACGCGCAGGUCGCAAGUAAUUCAACAUCCCACCAUGACGGGCAAAAUCAACAAUCAGCUGACAUGAGCAUGUCUGACAACUCUCAGAUUAGCAGCCCUUCUCGACAGCUUCAUGAAACAGCCAGUCAGGCGAUGAGUAGCAAUUCGCCCCCUCGUAGCUGGAUUCCCGCUUCAAGUGUAGAAUUAGGCGAGUCGCCGCCAGCCGACCCUUCGAGCUCCAUACCUCUACCCGCACCUGUGUUAUUCCAGUCACACCGAGAAGAAGACAUUGAGAGUGACAUUAUCGCUGCAACCAUGAGCUCUGUACAACACCAGAUAGUCGUCCCCUCCUCGACCAGCAGCAUUCAUAGUGGACGACAGCCCGACUAUGACAUGGAUGUUAACAAUCAGGUCUCAGAUCCACUCGAUGUAGUCGAUGACGUCGAUAAGCAGAGUUACGAUGAUGACCAAUUUACUCCCUCGCCAGAUUGCAGUUCCUUGACCCCCAUGCCCAGUCGACGAACAGCGACCCCCGACCCCGCUAACAACAUAGCUGAAGAUGAAGUUCAGAAGUCAUCCCCAUUCGUAUCACCGUCUUCAAGAUCCCUUUCUUCACUUAGCUCACUCUGGUGCACCGCUCCCACCUCUCACAAUACCCAGAGCCCAUCGAAGGCAAGGGAUUCCCCCCUCAUUUCUAAAUCAAGCAAAUCGCGAAUCACUCGAGAUGCAAAUUACGAAGAGGCAAUGCGCAAGCUUGACGCACAGCUCGACGAAGGAUCUUUACCAAUAGCUGCCAGCAGCAGUAUCGAAGUGAAGAGGGAAAACCUGACGCAGUUUCGAAACAACCGAUCUCUAGAUGCCAUUUCCCCGCCGCCACGUAGGAAACCCUUCACCAUACCGCCAGGCAGUCAAGUUGUUGAGCUAUCCUCUGAUUCGGAGCCGGCUUAUACCGAGCACUACGCCGAUGACGAGAUCGACGAGACUUAUUCCCCCGAGUCGGAGCGUCUGCCCACAGGCGACGGAUGGGUGAAGAAACAUCGAGAUGUGGAACGCCAGAAGACGAGGAACAGGUCGGCUUUUUAG